CUCUGUUGCGUUGAAUUUAAUAUCUCAAAACCAUUCUAAAGCCUCUUCGAAAGAGUUUUCUCGAGGCAAACAUGGCAGAGAGCACGAUAAAAUUGAAACUCUUGAAGAUGCUUUGAAGAUGUUUGAUGAAAUGCUCCGAAUCCGUCCUCUUCCUUCUGUUGUUUGUUUCAAUCAGUUGUUGGGCCAAAUUGCCAAAAUGAAACAUUAUUCCGUUGUGAUUUCUCGAUACAAGCAAAUGGGUCUUUGUGGAAUAUCUCCUGAUGAUUAUACUCUCAGCAUUGUGAUUAAUUGUUUCUGUCAUCUAAACUCCAUGGGCUUCAGUUCAUCUGUGUUGGGAAAACUCAUUAAAUCCGGUUAUGAACCAGACACUGUGACCCUAAAUAGUCUAAUAAAAGGGUUCGUGCUUGAAGGAAAGGUAGAUGAGGCAGCUGAAUACUACCGCAAAAUGACUAGUGGAGGCUGUAAGCCUAAUAUCAUUACUUGCAACACAUUACUGAAUGGUUUGUGUAAAUUGGGCAACACAAUUGCUGCUCUUCAGUUGCUAAGGAACAUGGAAAGAGCAAGGAACUUUAAGCCUGACAUAGUUUCCUACAGUACAGUUAUCGACAGCCUUUGCAAGGGCGGGCAAGUUAUUGAUGCCCUCAACCUCUUCUCAGAAAUUACCCGUAAAGGUGUCGUUCCAAAUGUCGUUACGUACAAUUCCUUAAUACACGGAGCAUGCAUGUUAAGUCAAUUGAAAGAGGCUAUAAGGUUAUUUCAUGAAAUGGUUGCUCGGAAAAUCACUCCGGAUGUUCAAACUUUCAAUAUUUUGGUGGAUAUGCUUUGCAAAGAGGGCAUGGCUACAGAUGCACAACGUAUGUUGGAUAUUAUGGUAAAUAGAGGCGUCAAACCUAAUGUGGUAACAUAUAAUUCGCUUGUGGACGGUUAUUGCUUGAGAGGAGAAAUGGAUGAGGCAAGGAAAGUAUUUGAUAAAAUGAUUGCCAAGGGUUGUGAAGCUGAUCUGCGUAGUCAUACCAUUUUGAUCAAUGGAUAUUGUAAGAAUGAGGGGAUGGAUGUGGCACUUGGAUUGAUUGAAGAAAUGAAAUCUAAGGGAUUAAUUCCAAAUGUUGUCACUUACAAUUGUCUCAUUGACGGUCUGUGUAGAGUUGGGCGAGUUCUGGAUGCUCAGGAGAUACUUUCCAAGAUGCAAGAUUGUGAGCUUCCAGAUAUUCAAACGUAUACUAUUUUACUCAGUGGCUUAUGCAAAAAUGGACGACUUGAAGAGGCAGUCUCAUUAUUUCGAAGUAUGGACGAGAAGAAGUUACCGCUUAAUAUUAUAAUCUACAAUAUCCUCAUUAGAGGAAUGUGUAAAGCUGGAAAUUUGGUAGCUGCGAAGGAUCUCUUUUCGCAAUUAUCAUCCAAAGGCCUACAACCUAACAUGUGGACAUAUAAUAUUAUGAUUGAUGGACUUCUUGGAGAAGGCCUCAUUGAUGAAGCCUCUAACUUGCACGGAGAAAUGCAGGAGAAUGGAGAGCAUCCGGACAGUUGCACUUAUAAUUUGAUGAUCCGAGGACUUAUUGCCAAUCAUGAGAUAUCAAAAGCGCUGCAACUUACUAAUGAAAUGUUGGAUAGGGGAUUCUCUGCGGACGUUUCCACUGUAAAGUUGUUUGUUGAUUUGGUGGCUAAUGGUGUUUUAGAUUCUUCUUUGCAACCGCUGCUACAAAAGCUUAAAGAAACAGAAACAAGGGAAACUUUGGCAGAAAUCUCGCGUAACUCUAGCGAAGAGAUUGAGUAGUUCUGAUGAAUUAAAAACUACAUGAGUGGCAUGAUUGUUAUAAAUACAACUACCUUAAUUUUGUCAGUCUUGCUCAAAUCUUU